AGCUGACUCAGUCCCCUUUAGUUUCUCAUGUUACUCCCAGCGCUUCAUCUGAGCCAGAGAAACAACACAAACAUGUCUGAAGGCGACUGGAAGAACCGUUAACUAGCGUCACUCACAGGCCACCUGAAGUGACCUCGACUCGUCGGCCUCUCAUUUUGAAGCACUUUUGCUUUUAUGCUUCCCGUCGUGUUGACGGCUCACAACCCGGGAAGAUGCCACAGAAAGCGCUGGGAUCCAUUGUAGGGCUUCUGUGUACCGGGGUCUAUCUGGUGCAGGGCAAGGAGUAUUGUUUUGGGGUAAACAAUGAGCAGUACCAAUGCGAAAUGGGAUACUGCUGCGGAGAGACGGAAUGCUGCACUCACUAUUACGAGCUCUGGUUGUUCUGGCUAGUUUGGACCUUGAUCAUCAUGCUGAGCUGUUGCUGUGCCUAUCGACACCGCAGGGUUAAAAUGCGGUUGCAGCAGGAACAACGUCAACGUGAGAUCAGUCUAAUGGCCUACCAGGGGGCCUCCAGCUCCUUCUUUUCCCCUCCACCACUCAACCUAAGAUUCUGGAACGACUGCAAGCUUCCAGACUAUGAGGAAGUGGUGGGUCACCCCCCGACACCACCACCACCUUACUCCGAAAACCCACCCGAAGCUGCUCCAGCUCCCCUUCCUCAAGCAAUCCAGCCAGAACUCGCCGUGGUGCCACAGCCCUCGCAAGAUGAGCCGUCCGGGUCAGCCGCCAAUGCCUUAUGCUCAAACCAGGAAGCUGCAUCAGUGCCGUUUUUGGCUCACGAGAAUGUGGAGUAUCCGUCUCUAAAGGAGGAGGCGGAAGAGGAGGAGGAGGAGGAUGAGGAGCUCGUCACUCGGCGCCGGCACGUCACCGGCGACUCAGGGAUAGAGGUGUGCGUUUGCCAGGUAGAUGUGGACGAAGGCUCGGGGCUUGAGGAGGAAAGUGAUGAGGUGCACCGCAUGUGUAGGGUCAGCGGUGGGGAGUGCUGCUCCCAGCACCAGCAGCAGGCUUUCAGACAGAAGGCGUCCGACAUGCCUGCCGGCCAAGCAACCAGCACCAGUACGGGAGACAGCAUGGUGUGAUCCACGAUGUCACCUACCAGCCAGCCCGGUGCGACAUUCUGCUUCCCAGGCGGUGAUACAACACAGUGGUGGCCAUCAUCAUCACCACGAGGAAUGUCUGUGUUUUAGUUCUGCGAGCUAACACACAGACACGACUCUCAGAUGACAAAGAUCACUAUUGUUCAUGCGAGAUGAAUAACACAAUAAGUCAGGAAAUUCCCCGUUCGUUGGCUUUGCUCUCGGUUUGUUUCGUUUAGCAGCUAUUAAUCAAGAGGAGGACGAGGGAGCAAACUGUGAAGGACUCGCUCCUCAAGCAUCGCCAUCUUUGUUUCUUAAGAGCAUUUCCGCCCACCCUUCCGUUUGACACACAACCGUCCGGUGGGAUGUUCAUCAGCAGCAUCAAGACGCAUACCAGCAGGGUCAAUAACAUUUCCAUCCUGUCCCCACUCGACCUGAGCACAAGAGUCAAAAAGAAAAACCUUGUGACUUAAUAGAAGGAAACGUAGAGCGCAGCUGCACGGCUCUACGGUGGUCACGGCAACCGGCUUCUGGUGUGGGAUUUUUCUUUUCCACAUGUGGCGGAGACAGGAAGACGUCAGCUUUUUGUAAAUGGCACGCCACCCUGUGCCGAUGUCUCUGUGGUUCCUACAUUGCACGCCUGCAUGUCGGGUGUCCUGUGAUCACGACAAGGCUUGGCGGUAACAAGCCUUGUGGCGGCCAUGAAGAAUGUUGCUUUUGUGUUUUUCUGCUUUCUAGUAGAAGUCCCCAUUAUUUGUAACAAAGGGGUUGCUAGCGUGUGGAUGUUGUGUGACGAUAAAGGCACUGACUGUCAACAAUCAACAUCAGCGGUAGUUUGCAUGAUUAGCGUUUGACACAAGUUUUCAUUACGGCUACACAAUUUUGUUCUCUCGUUGUUUUGAAAAUGUUGUCCUUAGGUUGUAGCGCCGGCGUUCUUCUUCUGACUACAAGCGCGGUGCUCUCUAUAGCCUGAGCUCUUGGCACUGGGAGUGACUUGUGUGGUAUUUUCCACUGGCAGCAGAGCAGAGCGAAAGGGGGAGUUUGAAGUGGAUGCCGGCAGCGCUCUGCAGCUGCAGAAUCCAUUGUUGUGAUUAACGGCAUGAUUUUCUCAGCAUCGCGUGUCUCCAGAAUAGUGGUAGAAAGUUGGUGUAGUCACAAAAAUGGGGAGGGGGCGGAUUAAAAAAAACAAAAAAACUCCAAAAGAUUGUUACCAGAUAACUCUUGUUAUUGUGCAAGGCUAGCAGCAUUAAACGGCACGAUCACGAACAUAAGGGAAUUCAAGUUUCACAUUAUUAUCUUUAAUACUGGACAGAUUUCCUUUGAAAACAUGAAGCAAAGCAUUCCAAGUAAAAUAUGCACUACAAACCUAAGGCUGGAUUUACAGUACAGGUGUAAGUGCCCAGGUCCAUUGUAGUGUUAGUGUGUUGUCAUGACAACUGGACACUGUAAAUCCAAUCUGUCCAUUUAUGCGAAAGGCACAUUGGCAGAUAUCUGAUUUGACACUUAUUUUUAUUUUUUUUUAAUUUUUUUUACAUUUAGAAGAGGUCUGGCAUUUUCUCUCUACGCUGCCGUCACCCAAAUCACUUGGGGGCAAAAACUUGGGAAUUGUUUCACUAGAAUCGUGUAGUGCAGGGGCCUGGGGCCAUUUUUCAUUGUCCCUCUGCGUAUUUGAAAAAUAAUAUUAAAACUAUUGUUAAUGAGAAAUCCGAUUAGAUAAAGUCAUUUACUUGUAUCACCUAUAACACAAAGCUAAGAUGGAUGCCAACAGUAUAUCCUUCCAACUUUUAGAAUGCAGCCCUCUAUGGAAAAAGUACGGCCCCCCCCGUUGUAAUGUAAAUCCAGCCAAAGGCUAUGUUCACACUGCAGGGUAAGCUUCCCAAUUCAGAUUAGAAAAAAAAAAAAAAUCUGAUUAUUUUUUUUAUGUGGUCAUUUACGUUUCCAAAAAAAUGCCACAACGUGAACGCAAAGUGUCCGGGAAGUGACGUGCAUGCGCAAAAGCACGGCGUCACACGCAUUUUGUUUUACAGAAGUAAAGAUUGGUGCAGUGUGCGCUCUCCUUAACACGUUUUUGGCAGUUUCAUGGGUUUUGUGGAACGGGAGUCAAUAUUUUCUUAACCAAAUGAUUCCGCGAAGGAGAUGAGGAUGAAAGAAGGCAAGAAUUUAGGCCAUUUUGUGGAGAACUUGCUGUGACGUCACUUCCGAGGAGCGUGUAGGUGGCAGGAGUGGUGGCACAUUGCUGUGUGCCACUUCACUUUUUAAAAAUAAUUUUCGGAUGACAAGAAGAACUUUUGCCGUCAUCGGUGAGUACCUUUAUCCAAGUCUCGCACGGUAAACCACGCCUUUGAUGACACAUAGGCUGGAUAUAUGCGACCUGACCGUGAAGACUGCACGAGAUGGCAUAUCGGAUUUAUACCGACAUACGAACGAGGCCUGAAAAAGUCAUAGUAGUAUUGUUCACACUGACAUGAAAAAAAAUCAGAUACAGGUCGCAAAAAACUGGAAUUGACCUGCAGUGUGAACGUAGCCAAAGAGGUUUGCGUUAGGAUUUACAGGCGUCCCUCAUUUAUAGCAGUUAAUUGGUUGUAGACCCGACCGCGAUUUAGGAUUCAAUGUUAAAUGGAAUGUUUUCCAUAGUAGUUAGAGCAUAGACAACCUGUUUAUGACUUUCUAAAUGCAGUAAAUAAAUACAUUAGAGCUCUGUAGACAUGAAAUAACACAUAUGUAGUCACCUUCACACUCCUAUUCUUUGUUCACAUCACAUUGCGCAACUCUUAUGCUGCAGGGACUCGAGACGGCCUAACCUGUUAGCCUCGUAUUUAUUUCUUCGAAACCUCAGAAGCCAAAAAGUUACCACUUACACACGGAAUGGAGAACUUUUAUUCACUCUUAGGUCGAACUUGCCAUAACUGACUUCAUGACUUUGUGCAGUGUUAAGGUAAUGUUAGGUAAUGUCUCGUCAAUGCUUUGUGUCAUUACUGCCGCCUAGUGACCAGAUUACUACAUAUCACUUGUAUUUCAAUAUGUUUGACUAAUAAUAGACCACAGUCUACCAUGAAAGUCAUCAUUUGUUACAUUUCUGAAAAAAACCCGAUAUAGCGUCUGAGCAAUAACAAUCGCGAUAUUUCGAGGGACGACCGGAAGUCAAAUUAGUUUCAGCUAAAGCUAGAAAUUAAAACACUUUUUCAUGUAAACUUUCUCCAAAAUGUCUUAUUUUAUGCUAACUGCAGUCCAUUUCCUUUAGCGUAAAAUCCUACUAAACUCUUGUGAGUCCUGGCAUAAGCACACCUUGCUCCAGGUUGUAAUUGCAAUUUUUAAAAUUAGCCAAGUGUUCAGUAAAUUUGUACCAUUUCCACAAGUCGCCUAUUUUUAAUUCAGCCAUUGCAAUGAGCUGUGGGUUUAUUUUCAGCUGUGAUUAACACAACGCUGACAAGGACGUUGGCCUCCUAACAAGAUUUAACGCUGGAUUCCGCUUGGUUGCUUGAAGUUCACUGACCCAUAAAAGUGAAAUUGAGCCCUUUGUUCGCUGCAGUUGUUUUUUGGGGGCUUAUAAUAGUAGAAGUAUACAUACAGUUUGUUUAAAUGUUGGAAGGUGACACUGAAAGCCUGAUUAAACAGUUGCAGAGGGGUUUGCGCGUCAUACUAAGACAACCAUGACCUUUUGGUAAAGAGCCAUGACACACUGUGAGCAUGACCACACACAGACACGCCCGAUUUACAUAAAGUCAAAGCAGUGGAAGACUUGUUGAACAACAAGAACACACCUCUUGCUGCCUUGCCAUCUCUACAGAUGUCUUAAGUGAUGAAAAACAAGCCUGCGUGUGUAUGUUUCUGCCUUAUUAGGAGUCGCUAUAGUUACAAAUGGCGUGGGUCUCUCCUUGGAGCAUCAGACAGCAAUUUUUGCUCCCAAGAGCAAAGAGUGGAUUUAAAGCAGUCAUUAGUUGAAGAUGCAUUUCAUUUGUAAGCAUGCUUGUUGAUCAUCAAUGUAGAAGUGCUAUUUGCGUUUUAGUGCAUGUCAACACUAUUUUUCUCAUGUCUCUAAUGAACUCCCAAGAUGAGAUUUGUAGUUUUUUUUUUGUCAUGCUGAGGUGCAUUUAUGUGCAACAGUAUUGCCACAUUAAAAAAAAAAAAAAGUAGAGGCAUUUCCAACAUGACCCAGUUCUCCUCCCAUUCCAUGUUGAAGUGGUCAUUUGUUUUGGUUUCUUAUUUUAUCCUUUUCCCCACUCCUUUUGAAACACUUAAGUUAAGAAUAAGUAAAUUGGAGAGGCUAACUAGUUAGCUCGGUAGCUUGCUAUGAUAGCGGCGGCUGUUUCUUAGGUCCCUGCAGUGAUCCCUUAGCCUGCGCAUUACAGUUGAGCAAUGUGGCGUAAAAAAAGACUAAUAGGAGUGUGAAGGUGACUGUAGGGGGGGUUAUUUUAUGUCUACAUAGCUCUAAUAAUGGUAUUUUUUUUUAGAAAGAAACAGGUUGUCUAUGCUCCUACAAAAAAUAUUCCGUUUAUUAAUAUUGAAUCCUACUUCGUGGAAAUUCACUUAUCACGGUCAGGUCAGGUCUCGUAACAUUACGAGAAUUAUGUUGUAUUUUUUGAGAAAAAAACGUAUGCUGCAAGAACAAAGUUGUGGGAAUUUUUUGUUGUAAUGUUACAAGAAACAAAUACGUGAUGCUACGAGAAUACAGUUAGAUUUUUAUGAGGAAAUCAAUGUUACAAGAAUUAAGUCAGAAGGUUAUGAUAAAAGAAAUUGUGAUGGUACGAGCGAAAAUAAAACCGUACGGUUGCAAGAAUCUAUGAGGACAAGCUCCUUGAGUACUCCUCCUAAUGCAACUAAACAUAUAUGCUCGGAAUUUACAACUAAAAUUACUAAGAAUGACUAAAAUAAUUUUUCUUAUAAGAUUCAGACUUUAUUCCAGCAAAAUUACCCAUAAAAUUCACUUUUCUCGUAAAGUUAUCUUUUUCUUUUGAAGAUACAAUGUUCAUCUUGCAAGAUUAUAGCAUUACUCUUGUAAAAUUGUCAUUUCUUUUAUUGUAAAAUGUAAUUUCUUACUUUCAGUACGAUUACAAUUUUUCUUGUAGACACUUUAUUCUUUUUAGACAAGACCUUUAUUCGUGCGGGAUUACAAUUUUAUUCUUGCAAGAAUAAAGUUGUAGUCUUUGAAGAAAAAGAACCACUCUAAUCUUACCGGAACUAAGUUGUAAUACUCCCAAGAAAAUCGGUCAAAUUUACAAGAAUAAAGUUGUAAUCUUGUUACAAUUUUUUCAUAUAUAUAUUUUUUUUUGGUGUGGCACUGAUACUUGUUCAAACAAAUUGCAUACAGGACAAAAGGAACAAUAAAAGCAUGAGGAUGUUUUUGCGACUGUCCUCGACUUAAAGCUGGAGGCCCAUAAAUGUCCUCACGGCCUUCCGUGGCUUUCAUGUUUACUGAGAUUAAGGGCUAUAUCAGUCAUGAUUGUCCAUCCACUUAUGAGACUGCUUUAAUCCGCUAUCUUCAAAGUGUUUUCUUGUGGUGGUGCUUCUAUCGAACAUAGGGGGAUUGUAUAUGACAAAUGUAUGUUUAACAGGCUUGCCUUUUUCUUUGCAGAAUAGAUCCUUGUUCUUAAAUAACCCAUCAAGCCAAAGCGUUAGCUCUAUCCUUGUGUCUGAAUGGUAGUUUUGCAUCCAUGGCGUAUUGUACUUUAGUCAACCAGGCUAUGCAAAAACGUACUGUUCUAUGCUGCAAACCAACCCUGCUCCUCUGCCCCUACUUCCUGUCAUGUGGGCACCAGUACUAGCAAUAUGACUCUGAGUACUGUGGCUCCACACUGUACUGUAAUAUUUGUGUGGUCUUUUUUUUUUUUCAAUAAAAUGUAAUGCUACAGCAGCAAUGUA